AUGCCCACAUAUCUAAUACACGGCUUCCGCUGGCCGCGGCCUCUCAUUCGCAUCCACAUCAUUCUCCAAAACCUUGACGACGCAGCUGCGGAAUGGAUCAUAGCAACUGCGACGACCGAGACGUUACUCGAGAACCUUGCAGAACUAUGGCCGCAGACGUUAGCAAACCUGCCCAACCUCCGCUUUGUAGAGCAAUUCGAUCCUACCGAUGAAUCCCCAGCUGCCAGUUCACAACCCUACGCAUACGUUGCCGACAUCUGCGAACAAGUCAAACUAGGCAUUGACGUGGACGACGUUAGGGGUAAAGGCCUAGGUGACGAGCAAUGGAACGCACUCAUGGAGUUGAGAGACAAGCUUGCGCCGGACGAGAAGGUCGGCUGGUUCGUUGUCGUCUGUGGAGACGAGGACCGUACAGACACCGGUGUCGAAGAUGAAGAGGAGGAGGAA